UAGGUCUGAGAAGGACUGAAUGGGAGCGGAGAACUUGCGCAAAAAGAAAAACAAUCGACUCACUUCCACUCACUGGUCGUCUGUGGUCCGGUGGCCGAUUUUGCGAAUUAGUGAAUGCGCGCUAGGGGGUUACUGAGACUUGGGUUAACAUUAGCAGAACAAGUGACAGUAAUAACGUUUAAGUAACACUAUCUAGUUUUUAUCUGUUACUUGGAGAGAUUUAUUACACUUUUUCCCCCCUCACCGUACUUGUCAGCCUUUGUGGGACCACUCGAAAAAUUGGAGCUCGAUCUGCCCAAAGCACAGUGCAAAAGUGCCAAAGAGACGUAACUGUGCAGAAGAGCACCUCUCCACUAAUACUGAUAGCGGACGGGACGUAUCUCGCUUUUAGCAAUUCUGAGAAAAGUUGUGCUUUAGGAUAGUGGCAGCGUUUGGGCUACCUGUUUGGGAGUGUGCAGCGCUCGGUACAGGGUGGGUGGGGAGGGGGGAGCUUUCUCGACAUGAUGGCGGCGGAGGUUGGCAGUGAGGAUAGCGGUGGAGGUGCAACUGAAAUGGUCCCUCGCCACUCGAGGGUACCUGGGAGACAGAACACAGGAGCUUCGGCAGUUAGUUCACUUGUUUCUUCCUCCUCGCACUUGCUCAGUAGUGCGAUGUCGCCUGGAUUGGGAUCUGGGCAUGUGUCUGUCUGUGGUUUAGCUAGUCUUAACAGGGGGCCUGACUUAGUGGGCGACGCCGCUGCCCCUUCUUUCUUCCCGCCGCUGCCAGCGCCUCCUCCCCUAUAUGGGGUCCUGGGUACGGUAGACGAAGCUGAUUCAGGAGCGGACGCCCCAGAGUACGAAGAAGAGGAGGUUGAGAUCCCGUUGACUGCUCCCCCCACUAACCAGUGGUAUCAUGGUAAAUUGGACCGUACAAUUGCUGAAGAGCGUCUUCGCCAGGCAGCAAGAUCUGGGAGUUACCUAAUCAGGGAGAGUGAUCGGAGGCCAGGUUCUUUCGUGCUGUCCUUUCUUAGUAAGACAAAUACUGUCAGCCAUUUCAGAAUCAUUGCUAUGUGUGGAGACUACUACAUUGGAGGACGACGAUUUUCUUCCCUCUCUGAUUUAAUAGGCUAUUAUAGCCACGUGUCCUGCUUGUUAAAAGGAGAGAAUUUGCUGUAUCCUGUCGCUCCACCAGAGCCUGUGGAGGACAGGAGGAGAGUACGAGCUAUUCUACCAUAUACCAAAGUACCAGACACAGAUGAACUAAGUUUCCUUAAAGGGGAUAUUUUUAUUGUUCACAAUGAACUUGAAGAUGGGUGGAUGUGGGCUGAAAACCUGCGGAGUAAUGAGCGGGGACUCAUUGUUGAGGAUCUAGUAGAAGAAGUGGGUCGAGAAGAAGAUCCACAUGAAGGCAAAGUCUGGUUCCAUGGGAAGAUAUCAAAACAGGAGGCCUACAACUUGCUAAUGACAGUUGGCCAGGUAUGCAGUUUUCUUGUGAGGCCAUCUGAUAACACUCCUGGUGAUUAUUCUCUCUUUUUUCGGACCACUGAAAACAUACAGCGCUUUAAAAUAUGCCCAACUGCUGGACAUCAGUUUAUGAUGGGAGGGCGGUACUAUGACAGUAUUGAUGACAUCAUUGAGCAUUAUAGGAAGGAGCAGAUAGUAGAAGGCUAUUUCCUCCAGGAUCCAAUACCAGUUCAGCACCAAGAACAAGUAUUAAAUGAUUCUGUAGAUGGAAGAGAAAUUUACAACACAAUCCGUCGCAAGACAAAAGAUGCAUUUUACAGAAAUGUACUAAAGAAGGGCUACCUCUUGAAAAAAAGCAAGAACAAGCGAUGGAAGAACUUGUAUUUUUUGCUUGAGGGGACCAAUGGUCAGCUGCUGUAUUUUGAGAAUGAAAGGCGACUUACGAGACCAAAGGGGUUAAUCGAUCUUACUGUCUGUUCUGUGUAUGGAGUUCACGAGAGUCUGUUUGGCAGGCCAAACUGCUUUCAAAUUGUGGUUCAGCACUUUAGUGAAGAGCACUAUAUUUUCUAUUUUGCUGCAGAAACACCAGAGCAAGCACAGGACUGGAUGAAGUGUCUACAGACAACGUGCAAUAAUCUGCGAAAACCAGCUCAGCCAUCUUCCAAUAAACGUCUUCGUCAGGUCAGUAGCUUGGUUUUGUAUGUUGAAGAGGCCCAUAAGCUUCCAGUGAAACACUUCAGUAACCCUUAUUGCACUAUAUCCUUGAACGCUGUACAAGUAGCCAAAACUCAUGCCAGAGAGGGACAGAAUCCUGUAUGGUCUGAAGAGUUUAUUUUUGAUGAUCUUUCAUCAGAUAUUAAUAGAUUUGAGAUAUGCCUCAGCAACAAAACAAAGAAAAGCAAAGAUGUUGAUAUCUUGUUUAUGCGUUGCCAGUUGAGCAAGUUGCAAAAGGGUCAGCUGACGGAUGAAUGGUUCCCUUUAAGUUCCCACAUUCCACUGAAAGGAAUUGAACCUGGGUCAUUACGAGUUCGAGCACGACACUCUAUGGAGAAAAUCAUGCCAGAAGACGAGUAUAACGAGUUUAAAGAGCUUAUUUUACAGAAGGAUUUGCAUGUGGUUUAUGCUCUUUCUCUUGUUUGUGGACAAGACCGAACACUGCUGGCCAGUAUUUUAUUAAGAAUAUUUAGACAUGAGAAGCUUGAAUCUGUGUUACUGAGAACACUAAAUGACAAAGAAAUAAGCAUGGAAGAUGAAGCUACUACUCUCUUCAGAGCAACUACUUUUGCAAGCACACUUAUGGAGCAGUACAUGAAAGCAACAGCAACUGUUUUUGUUCAUCAUGCACUGAAGGACACUAUUCUAAAGAUCAUGGAUAGCAAACUGUCAUGUGAGUUAAAUCCUUCAAAGUUGGAAAGGAACGAAGAUGUGAACACUAACCUCACUCACCUGCUAAAUAUACUUUCAGAGCUGGUGGAGAAGAUUUUCAUGGCUUCAGAAAUUCUGCCUCCGACAUUGAGGUACAUUUAUGGCUGUUUACAGAAGUCUGUCCAGCAGAAAUGGCCUAACAAUGCAACCAUGAGGACCAGAGUUGUUAGUGGCUUUGUUUUCCUACGGCUGAUCUGUCCUGCUGUACUAAAUCCAAGAAUGUUUAAUAUUAUUUCAGAUCCCCCUUCUGUCACUGCUGGAAGAACACUGACUUUAGUUGCUAAAUCUGUGCAAAACUUAGCAAACUUAGUAGAAUUUGGAGCCAAGGAGCCAUACAUGGAAGGCGUGAAUUCAUUCAUCAAGAGCAACAGGAAUCGCAUGAUCAUGUUUUUAGAUGAGUUGGGGAACAUCCAUGAACUUCCAGAAGGUACAGAUGGUUUUAAGACAGACAUGCCACGUGACUUGGCAGCUUUGCAUGAAAUAUGUGCUACUCAUUCUGAUGAGCUCCGGAAACUUAGCAAAGAACAAGGUGCUCAGCAGCAUGCCCUGAAGAAACUUCUGGCUAUCACAGAGCUCCUCCAGCAGAAACAAAAUCAGUAUUCAAUGUCAAAUAGCAUCAGGUAGCAGCUUGCUUUCCAAAACUCUGCAUGGAUCCAGCAUGGCCAAGUCGGCAGUUCUUAGCAGUGUCACCUUGUACCUGGUCUUAAAAGAAGAGAGUAGCACACAUCUGUCAAAUUCCCAGUGACAUGUGAACUAUGCAAAUAUAAAGGAGACAUUCACUGGUGUCCGCACCAGUAGAUUUUGAAAGCUGUUUGUGCCAGAGGACACUUUUUUAGUUAAACUCUGUCACUGCCAGUCUCUGAGCCUUGGUGUGUUUUAUCACCUUUCACAAAACUAAGUGCUGUGACCAUACUUUUAAAGUGUUUUCAGUUUGCCAGAUUGCCAAAGUUACCAGACAAAGAGUACAGUCAACUGACAUCCUAGAAGAAACACAUUGAACCUUCUGACAAUUUUAUUAUAACUGGAGUACAGGCUAUAUGCUUUUUAUACUGUAAUUUGUGACUGAUUCAUUUUUACUGCUGUUACAGGUUAUUCAUUGUUGCUCAGAUGUUAAAAAUGUAUUUACAAAAUACAGACUCAUUUAGAAAGAGAGAGUUUUGCUACAGACUUUUGUUUUAUAUUCUGAAAAAAAAAGUGCUGAAUGAAAAUCACAAAUUCCAAAAGAUGUGCAGAAGGAAUCACAUCAGCUUUUUUUGUAUUGUGCAAAUAAAAUCUGAUCUGUGUAAUUAUAGUGCUUGGUCAAAUAAGGUCUUCCCUCAAGGACAAUACAGUAUAUACUGGCAGUCACUUAAUCAAAAAAGCUUUCUAUGUAAAAUGUUUACAGUAGUAAAUAAUUUGAAUAGUUUAGUAAUUUUAUUGAUUAUAUCAACAUUGCAUGUACUUAUUAAAACAUUUUUUGUAAAGUAA